AUGACAACUGCCUGUGGACAUGUAGACUACGGUUACGGGCCAACGAAUGGUCCCCAUACCUGGUGUUUAACCUGUCAUGCUGCUGCCGGCGCUAGGCAGUCUCCAAUCAACAUUGUGAAGCACAACUGCGUCUACGAUCCUAAGCUCUCUUCGCUUAAGUUGGUCGUGUUUCAUAACAGCACUCAGCUUUUUACACGCAAAAAACACAAUUUCCAAGUCUCAUUUAAGGGAAAUAACGCUACGACGGUUGAAGGAGGCCCUCUUAAGGGCAAGUACAACCUCCAGCAAUUUCAUUGCCAUUGGGGCUGCGAGGACGAAUGGGGAUCAGAGCAUCAUGUUGAUGGCCAUAGUUUUGCCGGUGAACUGCAUUUGGUCUUUAUGAACGAAAAAUACUCUACAAUGGAUCAGGCCGUCAAAGAUCCUGAGGGAUUUUGCGUCAUCGGCGUUUUUCUCAAGUCUGACAAUGUGGAAUGUGAGGCAAUGAAGCCACUCAUCGCAGCCAUAAAAUCCUCCAAAUCUAGUUGCGAACAGCCCAUUACAACUGAAAUCGAUCUUCAUUCACUUAUUCCUAGCAUGAAUCACUACUUUACCUACGAGGGUUCUCUCACAACACCACCAUGUGCUGAGUGCGUUCGCUGGAUUGUUUGCGCUGAUCCACUUAAAAUUUCCAAAGAACAGGUUCGUCACUUGUUCACCUUAUUUUUCAAUGCUAAACCUUCAUUGUUUAUUUUUUGGUGCAUGAAUUGA